GAGAACUACUGAGAACCCGGGUGCAGAUCAACUCUGCUGCAAGGAGUCCAAGAUGCAGAAAGUGGUUUUGAUCACCGGGGCGAGCAGUGGCAUUGGGCUAGCCCUAUGUGGUCGGCUGCUGGCGGAAGACGAUGACCUUCACCUGUGUUUGGCGUGUAGGAACCUGAACAAGGCAAGAGCCGUUCGAGAUACCCUGCUGGCCUCUCACCCCUCCGCCAAAGUCAGCAUCGUGCAGAUGGAUGUCAGCAGCCUGCAGUCGGUGGUCCGGGGUGCAGAGGAAGUCAAGCAAAGGUUUCAAAGAUUAGACUACUUAUUUCUGAACGCUGGAAUCAUGCCUAAUCCCCAGCUAAACCUCAAGGCAUUUUUCUGUGGCAUCUUUUCAAGAAAUGUGAUUCAUAUGUUCUCCACAGCGGAAGGACUUUUGACCCAGGAUGACAAGGUCACUGCUGACGGGUUCCAGGAAGUGUUUGAAACCAAUCUCUUGGGCCACUUUAUCCUGAUUCGGGAAAUGGAACCGCUUCUCUGCCACAGGGACAACCCCACUCAGCUCAUCUGGACGUCCUCUCGCAAUGCAAAGAAGUCAAACUUCAGUCUUGAGGACAUCCAGCACACCAAAGGCCAGGAACCCUACAGCUCUUCCAAAUACGCUACUGACCUCCUGAAUGUGGCUUUGAACAGGAAUUUCAACCAGAAGGGUCUGUAUUCCAGUGUGAUGUGCCCAGGUGUCGUAUUGACCAAUCUGACGUACGGAAUUCUGCCUCCCUUUAUCUGGACGUUGCUUCUACCGCUGAUAUGGCUAAUUCGAUUUUUUGCACAUGGGUUCACUCUGACACCGUACAAUGGAGCAGAGGCAAUGGUGUGGCUUUUCCACCAAAAACCAGAAUCUCUCAAUCCUCUGACCAAAUACCUGAGUGCCACCACAGGAUUCGGGACUAAUUAUGUCAAUAGCCAAAAGAUGGACGUAGAUGAAGACACUGCUGAAAAGUUCUACGAGAGUUUACUGGAGCUGGAAAAGCACGUCAGGAUCACCAUUCAGAAAUCAGAUCACCCGAGCUGAUGGCGACGUCUAGCAAGCAUCCCGGGCGUACUUUCUGUACGGUCUGGUGCACGUGACUUUCCAUCGUGCUGGGUGAUACAUGUUUGUAGCAAACCAUGAGUCAAGAUGACCUCUCCUCCUAAAUGACCUCCAAGACUGUGUGUGCACAUGUGUGCAAAGUGUGCACACACAUUUGAGAAAGUAGUGGCACAGUAGAGGGACCAACUAAAUACCCUCCAGAAUAGUGUCCUGUUGGAACUGCUAGAGGCUUUCUGCAGAACAUCCUUGGAGCCCAGUAGUUUACACUCUCAUAAUGGGGACACUGUACAGCCUGAACCUUCUUUUAGUCCCAGCAAGGAGAGGCAGUGCCACUGGGUAGGAUUUUUACCUCUUUUUCUUUUCUCCGUGAUCCUCUUUUUUCCUCUCUUUACGUGCUCCUUCAUAUGCUGCUUUGGAUAAGCUUAUUCAUUGUCCGACCACGUGACUCCCACGUAACUGCCCACACAGUCAUUUUUAAGAGGAAAGCGUGAAUGUUUUUGGGCCAUGAGCAUUAUUUCUGGUCUUUAAUAACAUCUGCAGAUUAUUCAUCAUGAACAGCUCGUUGUCCUGAUCAUAUUCACUGGAAUUAAACUUACAGCAAAAAAAAAAAAAAUUAUUUAGUCAUGUUUCAAUAAAAUUAAAAAACAAAAGUAGAAAAACCGCUAGGAUGCCAUGAGGUACCCAGCGGAAACAGAAGAGGAGAGUUCAUUUUUAUGUGUCAGAUGAUGAGUUUUUCAAACCUUUACUCCAUCAAUCUUAACGAGCCUCACCUGAGCAUCCUUUGUUAUGAAUCAAAAUGCUAGAGAUGGCUAGACAGUUUUAUCAUAAAGGCAUCCCAUCAUCCUAUCACUCAGGAUAUAAUCAAGUCAGUAAAAUUCUGAACAAAAGUGAGAGAAAAGUGAUACAUAAAUAUAAUCUCCUGACAGCUUGUGGUAUGAAAACUUUCUGGUUAGAGUUUCUAAUUUUCUUGACCAAGAUUUUUUUUUUUUUAAAGAUACGGGUGAGAAUGAGUCCACACCCACGGCCCCUCCUCUGUCUCUGGGAAACAAGGGGCGGUUCUUUAUUCUUCAUCCUGAGUGAACUCCCAUUUGGAAAAGACUCCUUGGGGAACUCAUGUUUUUCAUCUGCAAAGCAAAGCCAUCCUCUCUGUUCUGUUCCUCACAGGGUUGUUUGAGGAUCCGUGCUCUGAGUGAGCCAUGAGAAUUCCUCAUUUUGGUAGAGAAUGAUGAGGUUCCUUAGAGGUCAGUAAGCCAGCAUGCAGAGGCCCAGACACUGCAGGCCACCACCCUUCUGAUGGAUGGCCCAUUCUGGUCCAUGUGUUUCCCAGGAGAGAGCACAGAGCUCUGUAGGAUGGUGUGGGGAAGGUUAGGAGCCCUGCAGCAGGGUAGUUAGUCAUAAUCUUAACUUGCCUUGAGAAUGAAUUGAGAGAAAGCUUGGGUUUUGCUUAUUUGUGAGUUUGUAGAAAACAUGUCCUUUUCUGGGGUUGUCAACUUAUAAACAUCAAGUUAUUCAUAGAAUUUUUAAAUUAUGUUUUUGCUGGCUACAUCAGGAAUUCCCUCCAUUUUAUUCCUGAUACUGAUGUCUUCCCAUUGUCAGUAAUGGAGGAGUUUUCCCCGUUUUGCUGGCGUUUGCAGAGAACCAUGUUUCUGCCUCACUGGGUUUUUUCUCUCCCUAGUUACUUAUAUAAUAUUCAUGCAGAUUUUUUAGCUCUGCUUGUUUUAAUUGUCUUCUUUUUGUUUUCUUUGGUUUAAGGUAAACCUUUUCUAGUUCCUUGAGUUAAAACUUAGGUUCCUUAUUUGGAAAUUUUUUUUUGAUUGCUACUGUAAGCAUUUAAUUAUAAGCAUUUAAUUAUGUAGAUGCCAUUCUCAGCCAGCCCACAUUUGCUGAAAUAUUGUCCUGCAUUAUUUUCUUUCUUUCAAUCAUAGACUGUUUUAUUAAUUUCUGUUGAGAUUUUCUUUUAUGAAUUAUUAAGUGGUAUUUAAUGUUCACAUCUUUAGAGAUUUAAAAGAUUGAUAUUUGGCUGGGGAGAUGGUUGAGAGCACUGGCUGCUUCUUCAGAGGACCUAGGUUCAAUUCCUAGCACCAUAUGGUGGCUCGCAAGAUCUCUAACUCCAGUCCUAGGGGAUCUGAUGCCAUCUUCUGGCCUCUGUGGGUACCACAUGUGCAUAUGAUGCACAGGCAUCUGUGCAGACAAAACACCCAUACACAUAAGAAUAAAUAAUUCUUUUAAAAGUUGAUACUGGUUUCUAGGUGUAGUCUGUUGGGAUAUCCUAGUUUUAUGUUAAUAUAAUCAGGAUAUAUUCUUAUUUCUGUAUUACAUUUUUUGACUUUUAUUUAUGGUCCAGGAUCUGUUCUGCUUGAAUGAGUAUUCUGUGGCUUUCUCGUCACACCAUGCCAGCUUGUAUUUUCUCCUUGGAACACUCUGGGUUGUUCUCUUUGUAUUUUUGUGGAGUUCACAGUUACUCUUCAGGCAGGUGUUGUACAGGAGACCCCACCGCUCUGUUGAAAACAGUAUUUGUCAGCUGCACACUGUCUUCAUUUCGGAUGCAGUUUUAUUCUUCCGUUUCUUUCCUGUGCUCAGUUUUUCUUGUUCUGUGACCAUUUCUGGUUUUGGUUUUGAAAUUUUGAUUCAUUUUAUUCUUAAUUUAUUUUUAUGUAUUUACUUUGCAUGCUUGGGCAUAUUGAAUCCAGGGCCUUGGGGCUCAUCUUCCCCCUGUAGUUGAUUCCCUCGGCAGGAACGCUGUGUGUUGUACUUGUCAACUAAAGCUUUCGUUUGGUUGGUUUGGUUUUUCCAAUUUUGUUUUCUUCAGUCUUCAAUAAGGUGUUUGAUAGCUACUGAAUCUAUAAUUUCUCCAUGUCCCUCAGGUUUUAUCAUCCUUAUCUACCUUGUAAAAACAAAAUGAAAUACUUAUUUGAGGGCUAAAGGGAUGGUUCAGCACUUAAGAGCUCCAUCUGCUCUUACAGAGGACCUAGUUCACUUCCCAGCACCCACAUCUUGGCUCACAAUCAUCUGUAACUCUAGUUCCAGGGCCCCCAGUGUUCUCUUCUGGCCAGUGGGCACCAGGCCCACGAGUGGUGCACAGACCUAUGUUCACACCCAUAUACACAAGUAAAAAUUAAUCUUAAAAAAGCCUAUACUAAAACCCAUUAAUUGGAGGGGGCGAGUAAAGUAAAGUUGUGAUAAAGCUAAAAUCUGUGUAUAUCACCAGAUACUUGCCUCCUCGCCCUGAAUGCUUCCUGGUAAGCAUUAGAAGAAGGGCUGCUGAGCCCCCACCCCCAACCCUGUCGUUCCUUUUCCUGCUCUGCUCCAAGCUAACCCAGAGUGCAUACCUCCCUCUCUCCUGUAGGAUCCUAGCCACAUUUGAAGCUGCCCUCUCAGAAACAUAUACCAGCAUUGAAUAACUUUUAUUUUCCUUGUAUUGAUAGAGGGUGCUUUAAAAAAAAUUACCUAUUUUUGGUGUCAAGCUGUGUGUUUAUGUCUCUUACAUUUUGUGUUUGAUUUUCCAUCUUUGGUAAUAAGAGAUAUAUGUUAUCUAUAUAAUAAAGAAUGAAGCUCUUGCCUAAAACUCAUUUAUUUAUCUAACAUUCGUACUCAUUUCUCUUGUUUAUUGUCCUUUAAUAUUCCAAAGGAUCAGCGCCAAGACGUUUUAUUGUUGUUUCUUGUUACGUUUCUAGUGUUUGAUCAAUGGAUGUCAUUUCCUAGGCUCUUGAUGAAUAUAUGAACAGUUGAUUGAACAAGUAUUUAUUUGAAUAAAUUAUCAUGCUAUCUUGG